GAAAUAAAUCAAUAAAUAAACAUGAAACCAUAUUGAAUUGGUUUACCGAAGUUUUCACUGAAAUUUAAUACUAAUAAGCUACUGAAAUGCCGAAAAUUAUGAAAACCACAAAUCUCAGUAAUUUAUCAAUGACGCUGCUCUUGAGAAUUAUCAGUAGACGGUGAUUUAAAGCGAAUGAAUAACUUUUAAAGCCAAAAAAACCAUGGACAAAUGAAACAACCCGUCAGCUGAUCGCGUUUACCCACCGAUCUACCAGUGUAGAAAGGAUCAUAACAUAUGACCACGAUCCGAUUAACUUGAUCAGUUUCCGAACAAUAAUAAUCGUGAUCCGAGUGGGUUUCCGAACAAUCAGAUCGUGAGUGUAGUUUUCCCAAAAGUACUAUUCUAAUAGUUGACAUUGAAACUCAGUAUCUACGAGUGUAAUAAUAAACAUUGGCAGUCUUAAAAACACUAGCAGUACCUCUUCACUAUUAACGUCGCUGCUACAAUAUGGCGAAUGUAUCACGUUUAUAGAUGACGCUCGUGUCAGUGCUCUGUGAACCCCCAGAAUUAACCAUACGAAUAAACCGAGUAAAAAAACGCGCCUCACGGUUUGUUCGUGACUUUUUGAAUCAAGUAGCGUUUAGAGUGUCGAAACGUCAGUUUAUUAAUCAAAAAUGAGAUACAUUUACAUUUAUUUUUUCCAUUUAUAUUGUAUUAACUAAUAAGAAGGAUAUCAUGGGAUUUAAAAAAAUUCCUAUCCGCUUUUGGAUAGGAGUUAUGGUCUUCCUUACGACUUACAUAAAUUAUACCACACGUGUGAAUAUGUCUAUAAAUAUUAUACCUAUGACGAAGGGAAAAUCGAAGAAGACGCCCGAAUGCAUACUGGAAGCCGCAAACCAAACACAAGAACAAUAUUCCAAUACAACUACUCAAAAAGAAUUACCAGAUUUCGGGCCUAGAUACGAUUGGGACGAACAAAUUCAAGGUCUCAUACUGGGUAGCUACUUCUGGGGUUACACUAUCCUAUCAUUACCAGCUGGAUCUAUAUCAGAAUGGUUUGGUCCAGCUAAAGUUAUAUUUUGGGCGACGUUAGUCACUGGUAUUUUCAAUUCCUUAUGCGUACCGGCAUCGUGGGUCCACUAUUCGCUCCUGAUCGUUUGCAGAUUUGUAAUUGGUGCUUUGGGGGGUUUGGUUUAUCCGGCUUUACAAGUACUUAUAGCCAAAUGGGCUCCUCCUGCCGAAAAGGGAAAAUUCGUAGCGGGUCUGAUGGGAAAUACUUUAGCCACAUGCUUGACGUGGCCGUUAGUAGGUGCUAUAAUAACAGCUUCGAAUUGGAACUGGGGUUAUCAGAUGAUAACAAUACAAAUCGUAGUUUUUCUUAUCAUAUUUUACUUUGUGGCCGCCGAUUCACCGGAUGAUCAUAAAUUCAUUACACCUGAAGAGGUGGCAUUCAUUAAAGAAGCACAAGGCGCCUCGGUUUCUAAGAAAAAGCGUGCACCUCCAUAUAAAGAGAUCUUUACGAAUCUACCAUUUUGGAUAUUGAAUAUUUUACAUUUCGGUAAUUUGUGGGGUUUAUAUGUGCAACUCCAAAGUGUACCGAAAUUCAUGGCCGAAGUAGUAGGUUUCAGCUUGAAGGAAUCUGGUUUUUAUGGAGCGCUACCCCAUUUAAUGAGAAUGUUCUUUGGAACAGCUUACGGAGCUAUAGGAGAUCAUCUGAAGAAGAAGGGAGUAUCGGCUAAAGUGAUAAGAAAAUCUUUUAUUCUAGGAUCACAUAUUAUACCGGGUGUAUUGAUGUUCAGCAUAUGUUUGAUCGGUUGCGAUUGGAUGCCUUUGUUGGCGCUACUCACGUUCAGUAUGGCGAUCAACGGAGCUGCAGUAUUGACGAACUUGCAAAAUCCUCAAGAUUUGGCACCGAAUUUCGCGGGUACUAUUUUUGGUAUCAUAAGUUGUAUCGGCGGUACGACAGGAUUUUUGGUACCUGCUAUUACCGGAAUCUUUAUUAAAGAUCACAACGGAAUGAAAGAAUGGUCGUACACAUUCAUACUUGGAGGAGGCGUUUACAUUGUCACUGGUAUAAUUUUCAUUCUGUUUGGAAGUGUGGAAGAACAAAGUUGGAACCGAGCAGCAGAUGAACAAUAAACCUAGCCAAAAGUACAUGUUUCAGAUUAUCGAUACUAAGACAUAAUCAAUAUUGCAUUUUGUCUUUUCACUUUUUGUUACUUCCAUUCUUGUACCGCUAACAUAUCAGGUAUGUAAAUAAAUAUAUGUAAUUAAUAAAA